AGCAGCUGACCAAGACUUCAUUUGUGAUGCUUCUUAAUACCUCAGAAGUUGAUGUCUCUUCCUUCCUUCUGAUUGGGAUCCCAGGCCUUGAUCAUAUGCACAUUUGGGUCUCCAUCCCUAUCUGCCUUAUGUACCUUACAGCCAUUCUGGGAAACUGCACCAUUCUUUGUGUCAUCAGAACAGAACCUUCUCUGCAUGAGCCCAUGUACUAUUUCCUCUCCAUGUUGGCCUUCUCUGACCUAGGCCUGUCUUUCUCCUCCAUCCCCACUAUGCUAAGAAUAUUCUUGUUCAAUGCCAUGGGGAUUUCUGCUGAUGCCUGCAUUGCCCAGGAAUUCUUCAUCCAUGGAUUCACAGAUAUGGAGUCUUCAGUGCUUCUUGUUAUGUCCUUUGAUCGCUUUGUAGCCAUCCGGCAUCCCCUGAGGUACAGCUCCAUCCUCACAAGCUCCAGAGUUGUACAAAUUGGACUAGCCUUCGCUGUUAAAAGCAUUCUCCUGGUGCUUCCCCUUCCGUUUACUUUAAAGAGACUCAGAUACUGCAAUAAACGCCUGUUGUCACAUUCCUAUUGUCUCCAUCAGGAUGUCAUGAAGCUGGCCUGCUCUGAUAACAGGGUUAACUUUUACUAUGGGCUGUUUGUUGCACUCUGCAUGAUGUCAGACAGUGUGUUCAUCGCUGUGUCCUAUGUGUUCAUCUUGAAGACCGUGUUGGGUAUUGCAUCCCAUGGGGAGAGGCUCAAAGCCCUCAAUACUUGUGUCUCCCAUAUCUGUGCUGUGCUCAUCUUCUAUGUGCCUAUCAUUACCUUGGCUACCAUGCAUCGCUUUGCAAAGCAUAAGUCCCCAUUAGCCAUGAUUCUGAUAGCAGAUGCUUUCUUGCUGGUACCACCCUUGAUGAAUCCCAUUGUGUAUUGUGUAAAAACUCAACAGAUUAGAGUAAAAGUCUUGGAAAAACUGGGUCUGUGUUCUAAGUAAUGGGGACAACACCUUAGACAUUCUAUUUUAUCUGCUAUAAGCUAUUUUAGAGACACAACAGUGUUUCAUCCUCAAAG